GGCUCCACCUCCUUCCGCUUUCGCCUAUCCGCCGUCUCCCCCCUCCCCCUUCCUCGGCUCCUCGCCAUCUCGCGCUCGGCCGCCUCUCUCCCUGCUUAAACCCUCUAUUCGUCUUCUCCAAGCAAAACCAAAACCCGAGCCCACCCACCGAGGUCCUCUCCCCCUCCUCUCGCUGGGCCACCACGCCAUGGACGGCGUCGCGAGGUCGCGCCUCCUCGUCCCGCUCCUCCCCAGGAUCUCCGCCCGCUCCUUCUCCGCCGCCUCCCCCGCGUCAGAGCCAGCGGCGGCUGCGGCGGCCGUCGCCGCCUCCGACGCGGCCGCCGCCACGGACUACUCGUCCUCCGCGGGCGAUCCCUCGUCCGCGCCGCCCCCGCCGGCCCGCAAGCCGCUGGGCCUGCUCAAGGGCGGCGUCCUCGCGGUUGUCGCCGCCGCGUUCGGCGCCACAGGCUACGUCAGCUAUGCUUAUUCUCUGGAUGAAAUUGAUCAGAGGACGCGGGAGUUCCGGAAGAACUCGAAGCAGCCCAUCCGUGAUGACCUGUCCGGUUUCGAGAAGUUUCAGGCUAUGGCUUAUUCAGCAGCUAUGAAAGUUCCUGUUGCUGCUAUUGAGUUCUAUUUGGAUACCAGGAGCCAAAUAGAAGAUCAAAUUCGGGGCUUUAGUGAACCAUCAUCAGAUAAACUUCUUCCGGAUCUACUUCCUCAAGAGCAGCAUGUCUUCACCCUAGUUCUGGAUCUGAAUGAGACUCUUGUAUACUCAGAUUGGAAGCGUGAGCGAGGAUGGAGAACUUUUAAGAGGCCAGGAGUGGAUGCCUUUUUGGAACAUCUUGGAAAAUUCUAUGAAAUUGUUGUGUACUCUGAUCAGCUGAGUAUGUAUGUUGAUCCUGUUAUUGAAAGACUGGAUCCAAAGGGCUGUGUUCAGCACAGGUUAUCAAGAGUUGCAACUAAAUAUGAAAAUGGAAAACACUAUCGGGAUUUAUCAAAGCUAAACAGAAAUCCCGCACAAGUCAUUUAUAUCAGUGGGCAUGCUCUGGAAUCAUGCCUGCAGCCUGAAAAUUGUGUUGAGAUCAAACCUUGGAAGCUUGAAAAUGAUGACACUCAACUGCUUGAUCUUAUUCCCUUUCUUGAAUAUGUUGCUAUGGCAAGACCUUCGGAUAUCAGGGCUGUUCUUGCGUCCUAUCAAGGCCGUGAUAUACCUGCUGAGUUUAUUGAGCGUUCAAAGGAGCACCAGAGGCGCAUGCAGGAGCAAAAGCAUCAGGGCCGCUUAUGGCGGAGAUGAUUAUAGAUCUUUUGGAAGGAAAUCUGAGUAAUCUACAACACUUUACAGGCACGACACCUCUGUUCUGAGUUCUGAGUGAGCCUUUUAAUUUCGGAAUUGUAAUUUUGUCAACUUGGGUCCCAGAGAUACCUUUUACUUUGAUAGUUAUUGCACGUUCCCCCCCCCCCUUUUUUCUUAUUCGUACCGAGGGAUAGGUAUCUAACCAAAUUACGCUGGAAUUUUAUGAUCAAAGCACAUUCGAUCAAGUGAGGAACAUGUCAUUAAAAGAAUUUUGUUUGGUAUUCGCUCA